AUGGACGGGUCAGGCCCCGUUCUCAGUGAUCUGUGCUCAAUAUGCUUGCGUGAUCCGGCCGCUUACCUACGGCGGAGUGCGCUAGCCAUUGAUCGGGACUUCAAUGUCAUCACUGGCAUCGAACGCAUACUCGAUCGCUCUUACAGAGAAAUGGAGGAUCGGGGGAUUGAGCUUGCACUUAUGAUGCAGGUCAUUAUUUAUGCCGGAUUGAAGUUAAGGCUCCGUGACAUUCCCGUGGAAGAGAAUGCCUUCGUGUCUGUCGAGUCUGGUAUAGUUGCUGACUCCAAGCUUACUGGACCGGUUGCCAACGAGACAGAUCUACAGAUUGACUUGCAUGACUUGACAACCUAG